CGCCCGCCCAGGCGCCGCGCUUCCUCCUCCCCGCGCCGCCAGUGCCUCAGCGCCGAGCCGAGCCCGGCGGCCGGAGCGGCAGCGCCACACCCCCUUCGCCGGGCAGCCGAUGGCGUUCUCUCCUGCCGCCGUGAGCUCGGACGCGUCGCCGGGCGGCAGCGGGAGCUCGGGCGAGGAAGCGGAUGGAGACCGUGUGCCGCCGGUGCCCGGGAGCCGCCUGAAGGAGGCGGCGGGCGCGUCCGUGGCGUCGUUGUGCCUCGGGGCGCUCGGCGGGCCCCAGCGCCUCAGCUCCCUCGUGGAGUGCCUGGUGCUGAACUACCGGCUGCGGCAGGGCCCGGGCCGCGAGCGCGGGGCCGAGGCGCCGCUGCGCUGCUGCGGCUGCGGGCGGUUCCUGGGCGAGCCGGUGACGGUGCCGUGCGGGCACACCUACUGCCGGCGCUGCCUGCGCGGGGAGCUGCGCGCCCGCUGCCGCCGCUGCCGGGACUGGCUGCCGCCGCCGGCUCCGCUGCGCACUAGCGUCGUGCUCAGCCAGCUGGCCGAGAAGUGGUUCCCGGGAGAGUGCCAGAGGGCGAGGACCGGCCGGCGGCUGGAGGAGCUGCUGGCGCAGGGGCGCUUCCGAGAGGCGCUGGGGGCCGCCGGGCAGGCUCUGCGAGCAGAUCCCAAUGACUUAAUGCUAAGAAUAUACAGAGCUGAGUCGUAUAUUGGCCUCCAAGAAUAUAAAACAGCCAUAGAAGAUCUAAAUUUUGUAAUUUCUAAAAUGCCAAACUGGCCAGAGGUCUACUUCCGGAAGGGAAAAGUGCUGCAAGACUCUGGCUUUGUAGGUGAUGCCUUACAACUAUUUCUACAGUGCUUAGCCCUUGAUGAGGACUUCCUUCCAGCCAGGCUAGAAGUAGAAAGGACGUUGUGUGAUGUGCUGUCACCAGAGAAGUUAGGAGAAAGUCUGAAAGAAUCUGCUUGGAAUUCAGCACAUAUUCGAAAUAAAGCUUUUAUACUUGGUUCUGAGGUGACUGAGUCUUACUGCAACUUACAGCUUUGUCCUGAGCAGAGUUUAGGAGGAUCAGAGAUACUGGAGCCUGUCAGUGGAAGCUUAAAUCGUGCACAGUCUGCCCAUGCUCUUAAUUCAACAGAAGACCUUGCCAAGGAAGAUGGCUUAAAGAGAGUGUCUUCUGAACCCCUUCUCUCUGGCCAAGAGAAAGGUGCUUUGUUGAAAAGAAAGCUUUCCUUUUCUGAACAGGAUACAAUUACUUGCGAAGAUGGAAGAAACAAACACAAAAAGCAAGGAGAAAGUACAAAAAGGGACAUGACACUGGCUUUUGGAACAAUUCCAGGGGAUUUGAUUGAUGUAUCAGAUUUUGAGUGCUCUCUAUGUAUGAGGCUAUUCUUUGAGCCGGUGACAACCCCUUGCGGACAUACUUUUUGCAAAGGCUGCUUGGAACGAUGUUUAGACCAUGCACCUCAGUGUCCACUCUGUAAGGAGAGUUUGAAAGAGUACCUUGCAAGCAGAAAAUACAGCAUCACAGUACUGCUGGAGGAGUUAAUUAUGAAAUACUUGUCUGAUGAGUUAUAUGAGAGAAAAAGAAUUCAUGCUGAAGAAACUGCUGAGCACUCAAACUUGACUAAGAAUGUUCCAAUGUUUGUUUGCACUAUGGCAUAUCCCACUGUGCCUUGCCCUCUACACGUCUUUGAGCCAAGAUACCGAUUAAUGAUUCGCAGAAGUAUGGAAACUGGGACUAAACAGUUUGGGAUGUGUAUAAGUGAUUCUCAAAAUGGUUUUGCAGAUUAUGGAUGCAUGCUGCAAAUUAGGAACGUUCAUUUUCUACCUGAUGGGCGGUCUGUUGUUGAUACAGUUGGUGGAAAGAGAUUUAGAGUUUUACGGAGAGGCAUGAAAGAUGGUUAUUGCACUGCAGACAUUGAAUAUUUGGAAGAUGUUAAGGUUGCUGAUGAAGGAGAACUAAAGAAACUGAGAGAACUUCACAAUUUUGUUUACAAUCAGGCCUGCAGUUGGUUUCAAAACUUAAGAAACAAGUUUCGCACUCAAAUUCUUCAGCACUUCGGGCCAAUGCCUGAUAGGGAGGAAAAUAUACAGGCAAUGCCCAAUGGUCCUGCUUGGUGUUGGUGGCUUCUAGCUGUUCUCCCAGUAGACCCCAGAUAUCAGCUGUCAGUUCUCUCCAUGAUGUCUUUAAAAGACCGUCUGGUAAAAAUCCAACAUAUACUCACAUAUUUUUCUAGAGACCAGUCCAAAUGACUAACCGCCUGGGUCUUCCUGAAAAGUUACUCUGUUCUGGUUGUAGUAGCAGCUGGAAUUUUUGCUGCCUUUGCACAUCUAGCGCUGGUUUGAGAAGUGUAAUGGAACUGCUUUUUUCUCUCUCCUUCCCACUCUCCCAGCUUCUUGAACCGCGUGGUUCUUUGAAUGCACCCUUUCUUCAACUGUGAGAGAAGACCACUGAUGAUUGCACAGUCAAUCCAGCUAGAUAUGUUUUUCAUGUUAUCGACAUUACAAUUUGCACUAUGUAGAAGAGAACCUUUUUGAGACUUGAUAAUUUUAGCCACUGACUUUUUAAAGCUGUGGGAAGUGCAGGACUUAAGGCUGACAGUCCAAGUUUACAACACUGAGGAGGUAUUAAAGGUUUUGCAGAUGUUUGCCUCAUACAACUAUUCUUUUGCUGUUUGCACAGAUAUUUGAAAUAUAGUAUUGAAUGUCACUGGUGGAUAUUACUAUUCUUGUUGAAUUAUCUUGACCAUGAAUAUGGCACAGAUUUUUAAGUUAUCUUGUAAACGUAUGCAUCACAAAACAGGUGACAUUAUGAACUGUAUGCUGAACUGAGAGCCAAUUUUAAGGAACAAAUGCAAAAAAAAAAGGUACUUCUGUCUAAAAAUACUUAAACUGUGAAUAUGGUUUACAUACCUAGGCCUGUACAUGUUAAGAGGAAACUGAAAACUAAAUGCUAGUACGAGUUACAUUUCUACUGGGCUUUUCAAGCUGGCUGUUCUUCCAGAGCACACACUAGUUUAUAGAGCUUAGAAGAAGAAAUCUUAGAGUGUGUGUGUUGGGGAUUGUGCAUCCAGGAUUUAAAAGCUUAAAGUUUUAUUUGAACUUUUUUAAGUUGAUGCAAAUGUGAGUUCUAUGCCUUACUCAUAUCAGUAGUAGAGCACACUGCAGUGGCAAGGUUAGCAUCAUGCUGCCAAUAGGUACUUUUUGUAAUUAAAGGUUUGCAUAUUUGUGAAUAUGUCUGAUACUAGCUUUCUUGUAUGUAAAUCAUUUGUAAAAUAUUUCUUAAAUCUUGCUUUUGCUAAUAUAUUUAAUUUUCAAUAAAAGCUAAGUUUGUAAUAUUUUUAACUUUUAUCAGAAGCUAAAAAUCACUUCAAUUUUCCAUAUGCAUCUAUUCUGGGAUCUUAAGUAAAUCCAGAAGCAACUGUUUAACCUACAUCAAGGUUGUAAGCACUUUGUGACAUAAUUGGUAUGUACAUAAUCUGUUUCUGAUUAUAGUACCUGUCGCAGACUGAUCAUUCAUCAAACAAGUUUUUACUGGUGUCCUGCUUUUAUAUCUACUUUUCUUAAAUGAAGGUGGUUUCAGGUAUGAAGUUUGCAUUUCACAAACUUAUGUAAAAGUUAUGGGAAGCUGUUCUUGUGGAACAGUUUGGUCGUUAAUAGAUUUGCUAAUUCGAUGCUCUGGCCUUGUUCUUGUCUGGAGUUGAAGGCUUGAGAUAUUGCAGGCAACUCAAAAUCUGCUGGAUCAUUUUUAGUGUGGACUUUUAUCUAGAGUAAAUUUCCCCUUUGUUGUAUGAGUAGUGUCCUGGAUUAAUAUUUGGAAAACUUUAUUUGCAUAAGAAAGAGGAUCCUCUGUUUCAUCGCAUCAGUGUGUUACAUCCUUAGAAUCUUAAUCUUCGUAUCACUGUGUGAUUUUAUUAAAAAUGCAGUUGACAGGAUCUUUUCUUGACAGCGAAAAGUCCCUAUAGCCAGGCUUUGAAGUAUUCAAAUAAUCUAGUGAUAUUUUUUUUUCUUGCCAAGAGC